UAUGGGUCCCCCUCGGACGUCACGCAGGGAAGAAGAACAGCUCGCUUUCUGACUCGCUCCGCCCUCUGCCUGCCCUGCAAGAAGAAUCUCCCGUUAUUUCUUCCAGCAAUGAAUAUGCAAACGAACACUGAUUGCCUGUUUCCCAAACGUUGGGAAAGUAAAGAGGGACGGUGGAUAUUAAACUAAUUUCCCUGGACGUCCGUUUGUAAACAAGAUGGCGAGUCAGGGGCGGAUAAACUGCUGUGGCAGGGUUUCUACAUAGAACACGGUGUAUAUACAGAAUCGUCUUUGUGAGAUUUUUUUGACAGUGGCAACAUAUAAACGCGUGUUGCCUGCCUGCACAACGAAGUUUACUUUCUGUAAUUGCAUAGGCGACUCUAUGGAACAAUGUAUCAGCUGGAAAGUAACCUAAUGAGUUUUGGAUACAUGGUGGAAUUUCUUUCGGACUGCACGACAACUUCAUCCGUCGCUUUGGACAUUUCAGAUAAAGAAAGUAGGAUUUUGCAGAAAGCCACUGUACCUGGUCAGUUGACAGUUUCUCAGAAUAGCAAUUUAACCGCCUAUCGAGACCAGUAGAUUAUAAACGGAUAGAAGGCGUGUUAGGUAUAUUUUGAAGAUGUUAUCUUUGGGGUUGAGAUAUAUACUCAAACCUUCAGGUAAAAGUCAACUAGUGCCCUUUGCUGAUGUAUAGUAACUUAAUGGCAACUGCCCAACAAAAAACAUUAUCCCGUGCCUAUUUUUCAAAUGAUAUAAUUUACUCCGUAGUUAAACUAUAGCCAAUUUGUUCCACCAUGGCUGUUAGGUCCAGAAGACCGUGGAUGAGCGUAAUUGUGGGGGUUUUCCUUGGAUUUACGGCAGCGUCUUGGCUUAUUGUCCCUAGAGUGGUGGAAAUUAGUGGCAAGCGAAAAAAAUCGUCAAUGUGCUCUUACUACAGCAAUACUGCUAUUGGUAAAGUACCCGAGAUCCUUGGAAGCACCACAAGUAAUGCGUUACUUAAAAACCUGGAUAGCCCGUCAAGCCAAGAGGGCAGUGAAGAAGAGGAGGAGCGCGUCUACAAGGCUGCCAACGGUAGCGGGGACGGCGGUGGACCUAUAUCCCGACCUAAGCAUUUUCUUUACGUAGGUGUUAUGACAGCCAAGAAGUACCUGGAUUCGCGCGCUGUGGCCGCGCACAGGACGUGGACGCGUUCCAUCCCCGGGAAGGUUGAGUUCUUCUCAAGCGAGAGUUCGGAAUCAGUCCCCAUGCCCAUGCCUAUUCCAGUGGUGUCGUUGACAGGUGUAGAUGACUCAUAUCCACCACAGAAGAAAUCAUUUAUGAUGUUGAAGUACAUGCACGACCAUUAUCUGGAUAAAUACGAGUGGUUCAUGAGAGCAGACGAUGACGUCUACAUACGAGGUGAAAAGCUGGAGGCCUUGCUGAGGUCACUGAACAGCAGCAAGCCCCUGUACCUUGGCCAGACAGGUCUAGGAACUGCAGAGGAGCUGGGAAAACUAGCACUAGAGCCUGGAGAGAACUUCUGUAUGGGGGGUCCCGGCAUGAUCUUUAGCAGGGAGGUGCUGCGGCGGAUGGUGCCCCACAUAGGGACCUGUCUCAAGGAGAUGUACACCACCCAUGAAGAUGUGGAGGUAGGCCGCUGUGUGCGGCGCUUCGGAGGGACGCAGUGCGUCUGGUCCUAUGAGAUGCAGCAGUUGUUCUAUGAGAAUUAUGAGCACAACAAGAAAGGCUUCAUCCAAGAGCUCCAUAGUAGCAAGAUCCAUAAUGCCAUUACACUCCACCCCAACAAGAGGCCUGCUUACCAGUACCGACUGCACAGCUACAUGCUGAGUCGAGAGAUUUCCAGACUUCGCUACCGCACCAUCCUACUGCACCGCGAAGGCCUGACCAUGAGCCAUCUCAGCAACACAGAGGUACAGUGGGAGGAUCAGCAGUUGGGAGCCCCACCUUCCUACACACGUUAUCAGCCAGCAGAGAGGGGCGAUGUCAUUGAGUGGGACUUUCUCACAGGCCGUCAUCUGUACUCAACUGGGGAGAACCAAAUGCCCCGUCAGGGCCUUGGGAGCCUGCUUCGGGCUGCUCUGGAAGACACAGUGCUCCAGGUCAUGGAGAUGAUCAAUGAGAACUCCAAAGCCCGCGGUCGUGUUAUUGACUUCAAGGAGAUCCAGUAUGGCUACCGCAGGGUGGAUCCAAUACAUGGAGCUGAAUAUAUCUUGGACUUACUGCUCUUGUAUAAGAAACAUAAGGGACGCAAGGUGACAAUGCCUGUUCGACGACAUGCUUAUCUGCAGCAGUCUUUCAGCAGGCCUUUCUUCAGUGAACCUGAAGAGUUGGACAUCUCUGAGCUGGUUGAGGCCAUCAACACUGAAUCCCAGUCAUUCUCUUUCCUCUCCAAAUCCCUCAAGAUCUUCUCACCUUUCCAGUUCUCUGAAUCUACCAGGGAGAUGCAGGAAAACAGCAAAAAGACAGUCAAUAUCCUGGUCCCUCUGACCGGCAGGUACAACAUCUUUGUCCGCUUCAUGGAGAACUUUGAAAAAACUUGCCUGAUUCCGAACCAGAAUGUCAAGAUGGCUAUCAUUCUGAUGGACAAUGACAGCAACCAGGACAGGGAGAAGCAACUACACCUGAUCAAGGAGUACCGUAAGAAAUAUCCUAAAGCAGACUUGUCCAUCAUUCCCAUGACGGGCUACUUUUCCCGUGGGCUGGCUCUGGAGCUGGGCUCCUCGCAGCUCGAUAACGACACUCUUCUGUUCUUCUGUGAUGUGGACCUAGUCUUCAGUGUAGAUGCCUUACAGCGCUGUAGGGAAAAUGCCAUAAAAGGACAGCAGGCCUACUUUCCUGUUGUCUUCAGUCAAUUUGAUCCCAAAAUCGUCUAUGCUGGAAACACACCUGACGAUAGCAACUUUGUCUUCACCAAGAAAAGUGGUUUCUGGAGGGAUUAUGGCUUUGGAAUAACCUGCAUAUUUAAAAGUGACUUGCAAAAAGCUGGUGGUUUUGAUACGUCAAUCCAAGGCUGGGGUUUGGAAGAUGUAGACCUGUUCACAAAAGUGAUCAACUCUGGUUUAAAAGUGUUCCGCAGUCAGGAACCUGGAAUUGUACACCUUUAUCACCCUGUUCAAUGCGACACAAGCCUUGAGCCCAAGCAAUACAAAAUGUGCCGUGGGUCUAAAGCAAGUACUUAUGCAUCAGCAAUGCAGCUAGCAGGACUUUGGCUGGAGAAAAACUUAGGAGUUGGGUACAAUAGAACUUCCUCAUGACAUUCAAGUUCUCCUUGACUCCUCCAUCAGAGGUUACCUCAGUUCUGCAUGACUGCAGAAGUGGGAGUAAGAACAAACAAAAUUGUGUGUGUUCAAUGGUACUUUCUUUUGUUCCUCUGAUUAUUAUUUAAUUUUUUGGGCAUUCUAAAUUUGUUUCUCUACAGCGUCUUCCAAAGGAGACCGUCAUUGUGCUGGCCUUCAUUCAUGGCUUAUUGAGAGCUGUGAUGUGGUUCAUUUGUUUUUAUUUCAGUUGUCAUGAAAUCCACAUGUAUGCCUCAGGACCGCAUCUUUUAUAGCCUGGCCAUGUCCAAUGAAUGUGCCGUGCAGCUUUCUGUUGUGUCGGCUGAGUGGAUUGCACAUUACCUACUGUGAAAAGGACAGUAACAACAACACAGAGAUAAUAUUGAAAAUAAUGGUGAAACGUGAUGACAAUAAUGCUAUUAACAAUAUGUUCUGAAAGUACCACAAAUGUGCUUUAAAGAUCCCAAUGUGGAACAGACUGUAAACUAGUUUUCUAAUUUAUACAAAUAACCGAAAGUACUUCAUCCACCGUAUUUUUUUAAGAAAACGUGUGAAUACUUUUGAUGAUUGUAUCUUAUUUUCUUGUCAAAAUAUUUACAUGGUUUUAAGGUACUGGAUACCGUCCAAUAUUCACUGUGUUCUUAAUCUCAUUGCCGGGACCUACACGCUGUUAUUCUGUCUGUGACCAUGCUUUAAUGAUCAAAUGCAUUUUGUCUCCAUUAUUGUCGCUUUGUGGCUUUACAGUUGUUCAGUUUGCUGGCAAGAACAAUUAAGAUAUACUCAAAUGUAUUAUUUAUAAUAAAACAAAUUUCGA